CACAAACUUUGUGGCUGUUAGUCUAGUGAACAACAAUUUCAAUCUUUGGUCAAAGACUUUCCAUCAGUUGAUCUUUGCAGUAUGUACUUGGGCAGCCAGAAUCAAUCAUUGUCUAAUAAAACAUUCCAAAUCUUUUAUGUGGUGAUUUGAAGUGCAAUUGACAACAUAACAAACAAACAAACAAAAAGUUAUUUGGUUAUAGCUUGAAAGCCUCAUACUUUCUGUUGCCAUUGUAUGUUAAAUAUCACUGGGCCUCUUUACUUUCCUGGCCUUUCCUGCUGUACAUAAAUUGCAAUAGCUGCUGUCCAGUGUCUGACUGCAAGUUGAAUGACUAACUAAAGAUUUUUGGCAGAGAUAUUUGUCGCAAUGUCUGAGUAUGGAGUUGGAAUUUUCAAUGGCACAGGCCAGACGGGAAUGGCUUAAGGAACAACAUAGAACAUUGAUCAAUAAAGAACUCGUUGGCCUGGAGUAUGACAAGCGCAAGCAAGAGGUUAGUUACUGGCUGUUUAUUUUUCAUAAAACCUCCACAAAUUAUCUCGUAUUGUUUGUAAUCUGAGCUCUAUCUAAAUCUGGAUUCCCCUAAAAUAACAUAGGCAGGUAAACUAAACAUCAAUAAUGAGGGGUGUUGUUGAUAGGCCGGGUUAGAUGGUAAUUAUAUUGAUGUCCUGCCUACAAUGUUUUUAAUGUUACAUUUCAUUUUUGAGAGGCACAGAAAAGGCUUUACUAGAAACUUUGUGCCCAUGAACAUCUGAUGUGAUGGGGACCCCAAUUAUAAUGACAAAAGAUAUGUAAUUGUACUUAAUUACACUCUUCAUAUUAAAGGGACACUAUAGUCACCAGAACAACUACAUCUUAUUGUAUUCGUUCUGGUGAGUAGAUUCAUUACCUUCAGGCUUUUUGUAGUAAACACUGUCAUUUCAGAGAAAUGCAGUUGUUACACUACAGCUUAGGGAUAACUCCACUGGUCACUCCUCAGAUGGCUGCUAAAGGUGCUUUCGGGGGCAGUGCAGCACAAGGGCAAGAGGGGGCCCAGCGGGCUAGAUCUUGGUUUUAACAUUAGAGGGUUAGGAAUACAUGUUUGUGUUUCUGACCCUAUAGUGUUCCUUUAAUUAGUUUCCAUCUUCAUACUUUUUUUUGUAUUUUAAUAUUUAUCUCCUAAUUCUGUGCUUUUUAUAUUAUUUUCUGUGCCCAAGAAACAAAGAGAAACUAAUUUUUCUUCCAAAUUAUUAUUUUGUAACUUUUAAAAAUAUUUAUAAAAAACAAACUGAUAAUCAAAUACUUUUUAAAUUUGAUGCAAUUUUAGAGAUAUAUGGUGCCCUAUAUCUUUUGCAAUUUGCAUGACAAUUAUAGCACAAAUAAAAACCCAUUCUUAUGCAACCUAUCUGCAACUUAAGUUGUGUUGUGACCUAAAUUCAAAGUAGAUAAUUGGCCACAUAGUUCUGCAGCUAUAGAUAGCACAAAAGUCUUCAAACAUCUUCUCUCAAACGAUUUGUUAAAAGAAUGUGAGAUUUGACACAUGUCCACAGCUAGCAUUGAUCGCAUGGUUGUUCAAAGCAAUUCCAUCAUAAUCAAGAUGACCACCAAUUACCUUCAUGGUAUGUGUGAGAAUGCUGUGUGUGAAAAUGUAGCAGCAGGCAAAUUAGGUUGAGCAGUAGUUGGUCAGAUAACAGAAGAGUCUGACUCAACAUGGCUGUUGAGUCAGAUCGAAAUAAUAUAUUUUCUAAACAAAAUAAUCAAUAUACAUCAUAAAAAAAAAACGUAUUUCAUUAAAUGUUAUAAACUUUAAAGAAACUUUUGAUGAGAGUUGUUUUUAGACACAACUGGGUAAUCCUUAAAUCCUGGGCUGUUAAGGAGUCCUUAAGGACUGGGUUGAGAACCACUGCUGUAGAGGCUGUCAAUCUGACAACCACUAGAGGCACUAACACUGAAAUAGCAAUAUUAAAUUGCUUUUUUUUAUCAGAUUGUCUCCGAGACAAAAUCUGAUUGGCGCAGCAUAGCAUCUUGCCACGCAUGCGCACUAGCCUUCCAAUAGAAAGCAUUGCAUUGGCUGAGAUCAUUGAUUUCAAUUAUGUCAGCUAUUAUGUCAGCCCUAAAGGUGGGGGCCGGUUACCUAAACAGCCACCAGGGAACUGUUGUAUGCUUCUCUUUCUGGUAUCAAAAUUGGUUCCUAUGCUUAAAGGAACACUACAAAGGUAGGGAUACACAUUUGUUUUCCUAACAUUAUAGUGUUCCUUUAAGCAUAGGAACCAAUUUAACAUUAUGGUUUUGCAACCAGGAAUACAACUUUUUCUAUUGUAUUCACAGCAAUAGCUCGAAAACACACAGAUGAUGAAAACAAAACAAAAACAAAAAAUUAAAUAUAAAGAGGUAUUCCAUAAAGUGAGAUUUCAAAGUGAAUUUCAAAUUUAAAGCCAAAGUAGCUCAACUGAAAGCAUAACUGGCGUCAACAGUUUUCCAGUUCUCACCAUAUAUUUUAAAUUCACUUAGAAAUCACUUUGAAUUCUUACUUUAGUAAAUAACCCUGGGAGAAUAUUUGCAUCAAGCAAAAAGAUACAAAAAAAGAAAAACAAAUUAAUAGUGGUUUUUAUUUUUUUUAAAUCUAGGUUCAUUGCUCCAGUCACCCUUUUUACAUGGUUCCUAUAGAGUGUUUAUACAUCAUUUUUCACAGGACCCAUCCUGACACAUGAUUAGUCUUAAAUUGAAGUUUAUUUAAUUCAAUCAUCUACUGCAGCUUAGCUCAGUUUAAAGAAUGAUGUGCGGUGCUAGGAGUCCUGAUGUGGAGAUGGAUCAUAAUACGAAUCUGUUUUCACAGAGGAUAAACCUUAAUUUGGGAGCAUGAUGCCAUGGUCAGCGCCUGUACUCCUUCCACACCACGUUCCACAAUCUAAGGGCAUGCCUAGGUCUCUAUCCCCCCAAUCUACUAGGGCCAGUAAAUAUUUUCAUACUACAGAAAAUCUGGAGAUCUCUUUAGUGGCAGAAUGCAUGGGCAGGCUGGAUUAUUAUUAUAUUAUAUUUACACUUGUAGUACUGGAAAGACUAAUAUAAUCCAAUAAAUGGAAUUUGGACAACCUCUUAAAUAUAUCACAGAAAAGAUAGGUAGUGUCUACAAAGAUAGAAAUAUCAUGGUAAUGAAGGAGUUAACAAAACUUGGACAUAGUGACUUCUUAAGGGAUCAGUGACAAUCUAGUAAGAGAAAAACAUAGCAAUGGCCACAGGUUCAUUCCAGGAGUUAUGUUAUGAUGCAUACAUUUGGGCAUGUCCUAUCUUAUACAUAACAUUAAAUCAUUCCCCAGGCCCAGUGUCCAGAAACCUAGAAAAACAUUGUCACACAUGAAUGAAAUGUCAUCUGGAAUUAUCUCCUGUCUCACUUUUUACAAUUCUCAGCUGUAACCAAUCCAUCACUGCUUGUUUGCUUCCACUCUUUCAAGACUCAAAUGUAAAAACUCGUCUUAAACGAUACAAACCUUUCAAUAGUUCUGCUCCUUCCAUAAGUGUAUGCCCUUAUCAAUUAGUACUCCUUUACCCAGCAUCUAUUUUCUCUCAGACAUAACGUUUUAAAUCAUUUUAUCUUUUCUUUAAUAACAAGGCAUCUCUUACUCUACCAGUGUGUCCAGAAAUACUUCACCUUCACCUACAUGUUUCUACAUCCUUGCUAUUUAAGGUGUCCUCUCAACCAAUUUACAACUCCAUGAAGAAUACCUGGUUUAGCUAAUAACCUAGUUUAUGUUUCACCUGUAUCCUUACAUGGUAGUAUGUAAGCUUGUGAGCAUAGUCAGUUAUAAUAAGGAUACUAACCGUUACUGCUUUAUACCUGUUUUAUAAUAAAUGUAUGAGUAAACAUUAUUAACAGAUUCGUCCUUCACAAUGGGGUCAAAAAUUGUAUGGAAAGUACUCAGGCUCUCCAACCCUUCCCAUCUGUUAACUAACUCACAUCAUCUUUCUCUUAGCUAUCCACCCCCACAUUUUAAAUUUGAUUAAGUGCAUAACUGUGUGUUCUUUUUAGUUUGAUCGACAUUCAGUAAUCUCCUGAUAAUUAACAUUUAACUAUUUCUAGUAUUGUAAGGCAAAGAGUAAAAAGCACAGAGUGGGCCAGUCAUUGUAAUUCUAGAAGCCUAGGCAAACAGGGAUUUUACGUUCUCCAUAUAAGUAUAUCUUCUUUAUUUUGCCACCGCUGUAUGUGCAUAAUGGAACAUAUAAAGGCAAUACGUAGCAUACAAAAUAAAAAUUAAAAAAAGUAACCCUUUUGUGCAUAUGAGGAUUUGUGCAAUAAUACAGAGUUAUUAAUAUUAUGGAAAAAGCAAACAUGUUUUCUAGUAAAAUCAUAAAACGUCUGAAUAUUUGCCUUUUACACCUUACACCUUUUUUGAAGCUUAGACUGACUUAGGACACAGCCAAUUAAUUUUCAGAAAUCCCUCCCAAAAAGCAUUACUGCAAAAUCUACCUUUUCCUUACAUCAUAUCCCUAUCAUGUAGUAAAAAGACCAAUCUGAGCAAAAAAAACAAAAAAAAAAACAUGCUAUUUACUAGCUGGCAUAAUGAAGAAGCCUUUCCAGAAACCAAACAGCCCAACUUCUAACUUUCCAACAAAACAUCAUAAAAAAAAAUACAGUGCCAAAACCUAUGAAUUAUUUAUUUAUUUGGAAGCCCCAUCUAUUUCUGAUUCUUGAUGUUCACGGAUAGAGUGGGUGUGUUUUUGCUACUUUACAUUACACUACAUUUUAGCUAAUGAAUCUUUCUGUUAUAUUUACAGCAUAAGCAGAUGGUUGAAAUAUUAAAAUCUGCAAAACAAUAUUAAAAAGCAUAAUUGUUCUGUUGGCUUGGUCUAAAAUAGAAAGCUACAACACGCCAUUCUACAUCUGGUAAUAAUAAACUGUAUGUUAAACGUUAAUUUAAUUUACAUUUAAUUGAUGGAAAUACAUUGGGGAAAUACAUGGAUUUUUGACAUUGUGUAAUCACUGUUUCUUGUAAAAAAAAAAAAAGAGUAAAUGCAUGUCCUAAUUAUCACAGAAAUAUUUUACAGAAUCUUUUACCUGAGCAAGAGGUGAAAAUGUUGCAAAAGGAGAAAUCGGUGUUAGUUUUGCAGGUAGAAGCUUUGAGGAAAGAGAGGAGUGAAUCAGAACGGGAUCUGAAUUUACUUUGCCAGUUUUACAAAGAUGAAGCGAAUGCCCAGAAAAAACAUGUUUUACAGGUUCUUUCUCCUUUAAGAUAUCCACUGACCUUGAUCCACUCCCCCUCUCAUCUACCCAUCCAUCCAUCGACCCAACCAACCAACCAUCCAGCUACCCAUCCAUCCAUCCAUCCAACCAACCAACCAACCAUCCACCUACCCAUCCAUCCAUUCAUCCAUCCAACCAACCAACCAACCAAUCAUCCACCUACCCAUCCAUCCAACCAACCAACCAUCCACCUGCCCAUCCAUCCAUCCAUCCAUCCAUCCAUCCACCCAACCAUCUACCUACCCAUACAUCCACCCACCCAACCAACCAACAACCCACCAACCAACCAAUCCAUCCAACCAACCAACCAUCAACCCACUCACCAAUCCAUCCAUCCAUCCAAACAUGUUUUUGAUAUUUGCUGUAUUUGUCAUGUUUUAAGAUAUUUCAUGCAUAUCGGGGGCUUUUAGAAGAACAAAUGGAUGCACAAGAACAUCGCUACAGAAAACUUCUAGAGGAAACAGUCCAGGAUGCUGUUCAACUCUCUACUAGAAAUCAAGAGCUAGAAACUGAAAAUAAACGAUUGCAGGAAGGUGAGAAACUGAGAUCAGCAUCAGUUCUUUAUCUGUUUAAGUUUAUGAAGGUAGUAAUUCAUUGCUGAAAAAUACUCCUAUUGUGAAAACUGUGGUGAUUGGAUGGGCUUAAAUACUGUUUAAUAAAUUUAGUCUGACAAGUAUUUGUUGGGCCUAAAGACCAGUGGUUCUCACUCUUUUGUGGAUCAUAUUGACAACUCUGCUCACAGUGCUUGCUCAUUGGAUGAGAGCUUUAACUGGUCUCUCUCAGCCUGUACUGCAGAGCUUAGCUCAAACUAAGAGUUUAUUGCUCUCCAUGGUCAGUAGUGGAGGCAGGAAGCUGUGUACAGCAGACUCCAAGUAAGAAGUCAAACCAUUCUAAAUCAGUUUGACUACUUACUGUGGAGCAGAGUGUGCCAGGGCAGCCAGUAGGUUUCCAGAUCCCAGUGAUUUGCAUUUCACUGUACUGUGUAUCAUACCUUGGCUAUUUUAUUUUAGCUUUAGGAGUAUUCAAUUUAAAUAUGCAUGAUAACCCUUAGAACUCAUAGUAAUAGUCACGGUGCCAAGAGUCUUUGGGCGCCAUCUCCUUAAUAUAAAACCAUUUUUGAGUGGUUUAACAAAAUUUUAGGCACCACAAUACCUAAAGCCUGUUCCAUCUGCUGAAAAUGUUUAAGGUAUUAGUUAUUUAUUUUGUAGGAUUUUAUGUUUGAAAGAGUUUGAAAAAGUCACAUUUUCAAAAAAGUCUCAGUGCUUGUUCCUCAGUGCUUUAUUCCAAAGAGGUCAUCUAUCCAAACAUACAUUUAUUCUGUUUUAACAGUAAUCAUGGAACUGAGAAGAAAAGAUGCAAAGAAAGCACAAAACUAACUUCACGUUCCAGAUGGAUGGUUGAAAAAUGCUUCUGCAGAAGAUUCAGCUAGAAAUGUUCUUAAAAUAUUUUAUUGGGAAACAUUUGUUGGUUAUCCAUUAUAGUACAGCUGUAAUGUAUAUUGCACUCUAGAAUAACUUUGUAUUACAUAAUUAGAAGGAAUGUUCACCUGAUUCUGUGAAGUGUCUAUUGACUUUUUCUAAAUUCAUGUCCUCCCUUCAACGAUAUUGAUGUUUGCAAGUGAACUUAUUUUUAAAAAAUGAUGAAAACUCGAAAGAGUCACUCUGCAGUUAAACCAAAAUCUUGGUCCGCAUGGGGGCUUUUGUAAAAAGUAUUGCCAUUAUUGUAUUCAAUAAACAAUAAAAUAAAAAGCAGAAGAAGACAAAUAAUAAGCAAGUACAAAACUAGCAAUUUAGCUCAUGCUGGCAAAUGAUGGUGUGAAAAGAAGGAAAAAAGUGAUCAAAUGACAAAAAGAAUCGCUGAACAUGUUUUAUGUCUAAUAUGGCACUUUCUCAAUACCUAACUCCUCAGCAUGACAUUCUUUUUAAAUCAUUUUUAUCGAAAUUUAGUUUCAUACACGAGUUACGGAAAUAUGAAUUAUUUACUAAAUAAUAGACAACAAUAAGAAUCCAUAAAAGAAUAAAUAAAUAAAAAGCUAUUUGUUGUUGGUUGAAUGGAGGUCAUCACUUCAAAAAAUACUUACUUCUAACGUCGCUUUUCAACAUUAGUGGUUAAGAUGUCUAGUUUUUAUAGAUGGUUGUUGAAAAAUCUCUUUCAUUUUCGAGAGUUUAAUUUAGAAUUUCUUUGUAGAUGGGAUAUUGACAGUUUUUCAAUAUUUAGGGAUUAGUGAAGUGGCCGCUUUAAUUGAUGAUUUAACAUAUUGGAUUCAUUUUUAGUUAAAUUUAGAGAAAUUGUUUUUGAAUGAGCAAAUUUCUACAGGUUAAAUUUAUAACGGAGUCUGUAAUUGUGUUAAUAAUUUUGUGAAUCGAAUUCCAAUAUUCUUUAAUUUUGCGGCAUGCCCAAAAAAUAUGGCCAACUUUUCCACAAUUUCCCACUUUUCCACAAUGCCUCCAACAUUUGUUUGAAUUUGUUAAAUUAAAUUUGUGUAAUUUUAAAGGGGUUAGUUACCACUGAUAUAAUUUGUAAUGGGAUUCAAGGUGACAGAUGCCUGUGUAGUACCUUUUAAUGAUAAAAUAUAACCAUUUCAAUCAUCCAAACCAAAGUCAGAUUUAAGUCCCUUUCUCAAUGCAGCAUGAAGUCCAAUUUUUGUUAUCAGUAUUCUGAAAGACUAAAUGAAACAUAGAUAUAGUAUGUUUCCUCCCUGGAUCUGAGAAGUAAAUUUUUUCUAUGGGUAAAAUUGCUACUGCUCUUUGAUUCAAAUCUUGGUCGAAAACCUCAAAUCGUAAGCUAACCCAUUCUAUUAUUUUUUUAUGUGUUGGGGCGUUCGAAUAAUCCAAAUUAUAAUUUUCUUAAAGGGUAUGAAUUUAUUAAUUUUAAUGAGAUUAUCUAUAUCCUUCUGAGAGAAAGUCCAUUAACUUGAAAGACAUUUAUUUUCCUCGGUUCCCAUGAGGAUAUAAUUAAUUGAAUGAAAGGACCAAUUUACAAAGUCAAAAUCAGGUAUUUCUUUGGAUAAAAUUGAUAAAGGUGUUGCUAUUGAUAAAUUUGUUGUUGGUUUGAUUCAUUUAGAAAUCAAAUUGCAUUCCUUAAUAGCUGUUUUUGUUGCUGGAAAUAAUAGGUAUAAUUUUGGUCUCUGAUUUGGGGGCAACCAUAAUAUUUCUUUAAUUGAAAUGGUGAAUUUUUUUAUGUUUCCAUUUCCAUCAACUGGGGAUUUUGGGAAUCCAAAUUAAAUUUAAGAGCUGUUGCUGCAUUUGUAGCAUAAUAGUAGUGGACAAAAUCCGGCUGUGACGGUAGCAUAUGGUAUCACCGUCAAGCAUUCCCUUCUUCCCAUAAAAGAAAAUCACCCAAUAUUUCACAAGUAGAAAUAUCCCUGGAAUCGCCGAAUAAUCCACACAUGAGCCAAAGCUUAAUGCUGGAACAAGACUGAUUUACUGGCACACAGAAUCCACAAUUCAUGCAAUACAAAACUCUUCCUCUGGGCCACAUGCUCCCAUGGAAUCAAAGGGCAGAAACAGUCUUUUAAAAGCCAAUAAGCCCAAUUAGUCUUUUUAACUGGCAAAGUCUCCCAGGGACCAUAGACACAUGGCAGGAGGCUGGCAAUUAGUCCUCUCCAGGCACAAGUGGAGAAGGGCACUUCGUCACACCGGCAAAUCCAAUCGUCCUCCAGCUCUGGUCUUUUGUAAUAAUGCUUAUUUAAUUCUACUUGGUUUAUGAUUCCAAAUAUAAGUUAGAAGGGCCGAAUGUAUUGAUCUGAAAAAUGAGAUUGGAAUUUUGAGAGGUAUGGCUCUAAUGAAAUAUAACAUCUUUAGGAGAACGUUAAUUUUGAUUGAAUUCAUUUUAUCUAUUCAUGAAAUUUCGAGAUCACACCAAUGUUCUAUGUCUUCUCUAAAUUUUGACCAUUUUUUUCAAGUUAUAAUCAUGCAUCCUUUAUAGGUUCUUGCGUAGAUUAACACCUAAAUAAGAGAUAAAAGAGUCUCUCCAAUCAAAGUCAAAUUUAUUGUUUAGAAUAUGCAAUUCAUGUCUUGGGACAAAAAAGGAAAGAGUUUAAGUUUUAUUGGUGUUUAAUUUAUAUAGGGAAAUGUUGCCAUAUUCUUUUAGAAUAGACAAUCAGACUGACAUAUUCACAUGCCCUCACAGAUGUAGACACUCAGAUUCACACACAGAUCAACACACUCAUAGAUUGACAUAUUUAGACUCACAGAUUCACACAGAUUAACACAUGCUCACAAAUUCACACAGAUUUAGGCUCACAGAUUUCUUUAGACUUAGACUCAAAGGUGAACAAUGUGGCACUAUCUGCCUGGUAUGCCUAAAUGUCUACCUAAAGACUAUCUCACUCACACUGGCUUUCCAUACCUUCUUUUCUGGACCUACACCGAAAGCGCUCUUCCCUACCUUACCUUCCAGCAGUUCAGGGAGCCGGAAUAAGCCAUUCGUACUACAGUGGGACCUAGCUGUAAUUGUCUGGAACUGCAGCUCGGCCACUACAAGUAAGUCCCAUCCUUGGUUUCUUCUACUAUGUCCAGAAGAGUGCUAAUUGGAGGGAAUGUACAACGAACGAACACUGAGGAACAAUCACUCCCUGAAAGCCAGGGAUCAGCCAUGCUGAUGUCUUCAAAGGGUGAGCUGCAGCAGAGGAGGCCCCGUGCUGGAAAAAAGGUAAGUAAUCUCUUUAAAUUGUUUGAUACCAAAGGGGGGUGGACAGAAGGAAACCUAUAGUCUGUAAAAUGAUUAUUACUUCUGGGAGUAUGGGUUCCCUUUAAUUAUACAUAGGGAUUUAGCAUAGUACACAUGCACCUUUUUGGUUUUGUUUUUAUGAAUUUAGACUGAUAAAUACCUGAGCCUUUGCUGCCAGCCAAGAGUAGCUAGAAUUUGCCUUAUGUAGUUUCAAUAUAAGCAGUUCAGGAAACAUUUUGUGCAAAAUGCUGCAGUACAGCAGUGUGGAGCACCAGGGAGGCAUUCAGAUGGGUGGCUGCAGUAGCCGCACAGUCUCUAACCACAUUAGUGUUUUGCAACCCCUGCAUUCGCAUCUUGUCAGAAAUUAAACAGAUAAACUAUCUAUAAAAAAAAAUAAAAUAAGAAAAAUUCUACUUUCUGAGACUCAUAACCAGAUCAUUCACUAUUGGAGCUGAAGCAGCUGCUCAUUCAGCCACGAUGUUAGAAUCGCCCUGUAAGGGAGACUGCAUUCUAGAUACCACGUCACUUUCUGGGUUGCCAUGGUGACCAGGCACCAUGGACUUGUCGAGCCCUGGUCUAAUAAUAGAUGUCUCUGUCUGUAACCCUAACUAUUGUUGUUUACUGGAUUGUAUAGUUCUCCAGAUAGGAGAUCUAUAUAAGAACUAAUAAAGUGUAUUGCUCAGUCAUAUAAUGAAAUCCAAAAUGAAACCUUAGAUUAGUUACAAUAGAAUAUUCAUAGAGUACCUGCUCACCAGCCUAAAUUGGAAUAUUUAUUUCAUGAACCAUGUUACUUUGAGAGAAGGAAUUCAAUAAUAUCUGUUAGACAUAUGUAGAAAGACUUUUUACAAUCCUCUUCGUCAACACUAAUGGGAAGUAUGUGGGGGAAAUUAGAUGUAAAUGUCAUGGAACAAAAUAUCCUCAUUCAAAACAAAAAAAGAAAGUUACUUGUCUUGAACGUGGAUAAAAGCUGGAUAUGUUUAAAGAGCAAUUGACCGGUAUACAUCUAUCUCAAACCAAAGAAAAAAAGGGGUUUAAUGUGAUCAGAGUGAAUAGAUGCAAGUUAAAGGACCACUAUAGGCACCCAGACCACUUCAGCUCAAGGAAGUUGUCUGGGUGCCAGGUCCAUCUACGGUUAACCCUGCCUGCUGUGAACUUAGCAGUUUACAUAUGGGUUAAUCCAGCCUCUAGUGGCUGUCUCAUUGAUCUUCACAGUGAGAAGACGCCAGCGUCCACAGGAAAGCAUUGGAAAGGUAAGUUAUUUAACCCCUUCCUCUCCCUUCAACCCGGUGGGAAGUGGGCCAUGACGGUGGAGGGGGACCUAUUAACACUAUAGUGUCAGGAAAACGAGUUUGUUUUCCUUGCACUAUAGUGGUCCUUUAAAGCCUCUCUCCCUGGUAAACUUGCUAGACAGUCAGAGUAUGAAAAGGAAAGAAAGAGGGUAAGAUGCUAAUAAAAAUAAUAGUAACCCAUGCUUAAAUAUGUAUGGUAUAGUACACCAGCGUGAUUGUGAGUGCCCUGUGAAUCAGAAAAUUUGUUCAUAGAUGUAAAUGUCAGCAUGAAAUAAACAGAGGCAGAUUUAAAAUUUUCAGAAUUGUGUUUUCAAAUCAAAUUUACAAUAAUGCUUAAUUUUAUAAUGUACCCUCUUGUUGCUCUACCCAACUCCCAUCCAAUGCUCCGAAGCUGAAAAACGUAGCCCAGCUGUAUACACCAUGGGGGUUUCCACUUUUUGAUCCUCCUUUGCUGUGUUAGUAUAUAAGCACUGAGCAGCUAAUUAUUGUUUAGUAUAGAAUGUUCCUGAGCUUGGAUUUAGAAAUGACAUUUACAAAAAUUCUCUAAGUCAGCUAAUGCAGUGUGAAAUUCACUUAGAAUUCCCAGCAAUUCUCAUUUUAGUUACAAACCCCAAAAUGACAGAAUUUUCUGAAAAGGGAAGAGGCAGUAUAUACUGAUUUUCGGGCUAAUCCAUGUCAGCAUCACCAAUGGGUUAAGCUCCUCCCUCUCAGAUGAUAGGACAGGAAUAAUAAAAUUUGAGUUAACAUAUAUAAGGACCCUCCUCCCCUUUUUCCUGUCCUCCAGCUGUUAGGCAGCUAUUUUUUUUUCUUUUAAAGCUCACCUGCCAGUAGUUUUUCAAUAUGGCCCCCUUGAGAGUUCAGCUUCUCUCCGUAAGGAAAAACCCAGAUACAGUCCUAGCAGUUUGGGACUCCCUGGGUUAAGAUUACUAUUUUAGGAUAUAGUAAUUUUAAGAAAAACUAAAGUCUCUCGUGGAAUUAUACUUAUUCUAGAGGUGGUAAGGUAGCCCUUCUUUUACGUAAUAUCUCUCUAUUUUCUCUCUCUAUUCACUUAUAUAAUCUGUUUAGGUGUACAAAUAUGAAGGCAGGCCGAAAUUUUUAACUUUGCUAAUUUCAUUUUCCUUUUCCCCACAACUUCUGGGCUGGCCCUGUUAUCAGAGGUAUUGGGGCACCUUUUUUAAAAAAUAAAAUGCAUUUUUCUGUUUUACUUUCCAAGAACCCUGCUUAAAGUGUCUUCUCUGUGCGUUUGGCAAAUCCAAAAUGGCCGACUGGCGUCUCUCGGGAGCGAAUGCCCAUUUGCGGCAGUAG